AUGAGUGAAAGUAAGAAGAGCAGCAAAAGUGCGGUUAUGGCGGCAAUGAGCAGGAAGGAAGAGACGAAGAGCGGAGAGCAAGAAUGGACAAAGAAGGGACGGGGCAGAACAAUGAAAGGAAAAAAUGAGAAGAAGGAAAAUGGUGGAGAAAAAGAUAUAAGAAAGUUCAUGCAAAAGGAAGAAGAAAACAAGGAAAUAGGAUUCGCAAAAAGUGUAAAAUUAGUACACACACCACCGAGGAAAUUAGAUGAGGGGACGUGCGGUAAAGUUGAGAAAAAUCGCAGCAAAAUAAUUGAGCAGAUGGAGGAAACAAAAGACGUCGACGACAAGGUAACAAAGGAAAUUAAUCAAGAUGAAACGAGGAAUGUGAAGGAUGUUGAAGAAAAACAAGAAGAGAUAAACAAAAGAGCAGAAGACAAAAGUAGCGAAAGUCAAGAAGAGGAAGCGGUACAGCGAGCAGACGAAGACCAACAAGCGUAG